GCUAACGACAUCAACAGGAUGCCUGGAGAUACAGACUUCAACUCUGGCAAAUCGUGGUGGGGCACUAACCUUACCAUCUCGGUUCUCAACGGAACAGUGCCACAAUGGCGUAUUGAUGAUGCUGCGAUCCGUAUCAUGGCUGCCUACUACUAUGUCGGUCUCGACGAGACCACCCCCGUCAACUUCGACAGCUGGACACGCGACACGUACGGUAACGAGCACUAUUAUGCCGAAGAGGGGUAUACCCAGAUCAACCAACACGUCGAUGCUCGGUUUGAACACUUCCGCAGCAUCCGCGAAGUGGCAGCUAAGUCGACGGUCCUCCUGAAGAACACUGGUGUACUGCCCUUGACCGGCACGGAGAAGUGGACUGCCGUCUUCGGUAAUGACGCUGGAGAAAACCAAUACGGACCCAAUGGCUGCUCUGACCGUGGCUGCGACAACGGAACUUUGGCCAUGGGAUGGGGCUCGGGAACUUCUGACUUCCCUUACCUUGUCACUCCUCUCGACGCCAUCAAGAACGAGGUCGCCAGCAACGGUGGCGUGAUUCAAUCCGUCACCGACAACUAUGCCUACACUCAAAUCCAGCAAAUGGCCAAGGAAGCCAGCGUUGCCAUCGUCUUCGUCAACGCCGACUCCGGUGAGGGCUACAUCACAGUCGACACCAACUUCGGCGACCGCAACAACCUCACUCUAUGGGGUGAUGGUGACACGCUGAUCCAAAACGUUUCAGCCCUUUGCAACAACACCAUCGUUGUCAUCCACUCGGUCGGCCCAGUCUUGGUCAACAGCUUCUACGAGAGCGAGAACGUAACCGCAAUCCUCUGGGCCGGUCUUCCCGGACAAGAAUCUGGCAACGCCAUCGCCGAUGUCCUCUACGGCCGCGUAAACCCUGGCGGCAAGCUUCCCUUCACCUUCGGCAGCAACGAGACCGAGUGGGGACGUGAUCUCAUCUACACGCCCAUCAACGGUAACGCCAGCCCACAGGAUAACUUCGAUGAGGGCGUCUUCAUCGACUACCGCGCCUUUGACAAGCACAACAUCACCCCCGUGUACGAGUUCGGCUUCGGAAUGUCGUACACGACAUUCAGCUACUCGAACAUCACCGUCACCAAGGCGAACGCUGGUGCUUACACUCCCACCACGGGCCAGACGAUUGCCGCGCCGACUUUCGGUUCCAUCAACCCCAACGUGUCUGCGUACCAGUGGCCCGCAGAUCUGCAGUAUGUCGAGGCUUACAUCUACCCCUACCUGAACUCGACGGACCUCGGCGAAGCGUCGCAGGACCCCGAGUACGGCAUCGACGUGACUCUGCCUGCAGGCUCAACCGACGGCUCGCCCCAGGCGCGCAUCGCUGCCGGUGGUGCGCCCGGAGGCAACCCACAACUCUGGGACGUCUUGUUCAGCGUCGAAGCCACCAUUACCAACACCGGCAGCGUUGCCGGCGACGAGGUCGUGCAACUGUACGUCUCCCUCGGCGGCCCGGAGGACCCCGUCAUCGUCCUCCGCGGCUUCGAUCGUCUGUCCAUCCAGCCGGGACAGAGCGCUACGUUCCACUCGGAUAUCCUGCGCCGCGACGUGUCGAACUGGGAUACCGUGAGCCAGAACUGGGUCAUCACUGAGUACCCCAAGACUGUGCAUGUUGGUGCUAGUUCGAGGAACUUGCUGCUGCAGGCGGAUCUUGAUCUUAGUGAGUAUGCUGCGUGAAUGGUGUUAGGGGAUAAUUAGGGGGGUUAUGGUGGGGUGUACAUACUCAUAGGUUUCUGAGGAGAUUGCGAUGUUGCUUGUUGGUUUCGAGCGGCCUCGUGUUGAGGUUCUGAUGAGUGUUGUCGGAGCCGUAAAAGAGUAUUAAUGAUAAU